UAUAUUCCUCGUGGCUGACGUCCAUGAUAAUAACCCGGUAAGUGGCCGUCGCACUUUAAACCUCAUGAGUAGAGAUCUUCUUCGCAAUAGACGCUGAUGCCGUUAAAGACGCUGCGCAACUCAAAAGAACUUCAGCAGGGAAGCUCGUACACUAAGCGGAAUACGGUUAGAAAUUUCGACCCCGGAAGCUAUCACCGCCAGCCCAGCCUCUUCAACAUAGCCACGACGUCUGAGCAUCUCGUUUCACGUCCGAAAUAUGUCGCCCGCUCAUCUCUCUUCCGGGGCUGCGUGAUCCUGUUCUACUUAUUUUCAUCCCUUUGGGUGUUUUCGAUCAAAACGUCUUCGAGUGAAAGCACCUAAUUACCCAGAUACCUAGGUAAUACAUUUAUUACAUGCGAAAAGUCCACUCGAAAAGUCGCAAUAGCUGCCUAAGGUGCAAGCAGCGA